AUGGAACCACCAUCUACCCCCAACAAUCAACCUUCAAACUCUAGUGCACUUUCCUAUCAACCUUUACCAAAUCCCAAGGGUGAAAUCAAUGCCAUCACUCUGAGGUCUAGAACUACAUUGCUAGAGAGUAGUCCCGAAGAGUUAAGCUCAAAAGAAGAUAUUCAAGUGGAAGACAUUGUUGAGGUAGAAGAGGUUGAAGAGGAGAAUGAGGUACAAAAUGUGGUUGAAGAAGAAGUUGCUCAACCAAGGAAUGGAAUGCCUAAGGAAGAUAAUACUGUGAGAGAAGCCAUUCCUAUUCCCUUUCCACACCUUGCUAGGAGGACUAAGAAGCAAGUGGAGCUAGACCCCCAAAAUGGUAGAGAUCUUCAAAAAGGUAGCUCUAUCUCUGCUUUAAUGGGUACUAUACCGAAAAAAUCUAGUGAUCCUGGUCCAUGCAUGGUUACUUGUAUUAUAGGGGGUGUACAAUUUAUUGACUGCAUGUGUGAUUUAGGUGCAUGUGUUAGUAUUAUGCCAUUAUCUGUAUAUGAUUCCUUAAGGCUCCCACUCUUGAAAAGGUCGGCAGCACGUUUUGUUUUGGCAGAUAAGAGCAUAAUUUUAGUGGUUGGCAUUGCGGAAGACGUCCUGGUGAGUAUUAAGGGGCUGACAUUUCCUAUAGACUUCUAUAUUUUAGAGAUGCCCCCUAAUGAUUCAGGAAGACCUUCGUCUAUUUUGCUUGGAAGGACAUUUUUGAAGACUUCGCGGUUCAAAUUGGAUGCUUUCUCGGGUACAUACUCAUUUGAGAUAGACGGCAGAACGGUGAGCUUCAAUCUUGAUGAAGCCAUGAAGCACCCACCGGAAGAUCACUCCAUCUUCCAAUGUGACAUUAUUGAUAAGGUUGUUGCUGAAAUUCACCAAGAGGCAGUAGAAGAGAAGACUAUGGAGCAAGGUACAAGUGUGGGGAAGCCCUCUAAGCAUACUGAAGACACCUUGCCACCUCUAAUGGCUCCAGAUGAUCAAGUGCCAAGCCAUGAGCUGAAAUUGGAGUUGAAGCCCCUUCCACCCCACCUCAAGUAUGCCUAUCUUGAGGACAAUCAAAAGCUCCCAGUUAUUAUAGCAAGGGAACUCACUUCCCAACAAGAAGAGCAGCUACUCAGUGUGCUUAGAAGACACAAGAAAGCUAUUGGGUGUGCAUUGACUACAGGCGUCUGA